AGACCGACCUAUCUGACAUUUGGCGCUGUGCUGCAAUGUGGCAAGACAUCUCAGAAAACAAAGAGAGUUCUCUAUCACUGGAGGUCUUGAGGCAAAGAUCAAACAGCGAAUGUCAGAGACUUUAUAGAGAAAAAAGCUUCCUGAAAUUGGUUGACAGAGAAUAGAAACAAGAUUGUCACUCCUUGGUUCUGCUGACCACACCACCAUGCUCAUAUUCAAUGGCUCCAUCUUCAUGCCCUCUGUGCUAACACUCAUUGGGAUUCCUGGCCUGGAGUCAGUGCAGUGUUGGAUUGGGAUUCCAUUCUCUGUCAUGUACCUCAGUGCUGUAAUCGGGAACUCCCUAAUUUUAGUUAUAAUCAAAUAUGAAAAAAGCCUCCACAAACCCAUGUACAUUUUUCUGGCCAUGUUGGGGGCCACAGAUAUUGUGCUUAGCACCUGUAUUCUUCCCAAAAUGUUAGGCAUUUUCUGGUUUAAUUUGCCAGAGAUUUCUUUUGAAGUUUGCCUUCUACAAAUGUGGUUUAUUCACUCAUUCCAGGCAGUUGAAUCAGGGGUCCUCCUGGUGAUGGCCCUAGAUCGCUAUGUGGCCAUCUGUGACCCCUUGAGACAUGCCACCAUCUUUUCCCAACGACUCUUGACUAGGAUUGGAGUUGGAGUGACACUCAGGGCUGCUGUUCUUGUAGCACCAUCCAUCGUGCUGAUCAAAUGUCGUCUUAAACUCUAUCGGACUACAAUCAUCUCCCACUCUUAUUGUGAGCACAUGGCCAUUGUGAAGCUAGCUAUUGAAGAUAUUCGGAUCAACAAGAUAUAUGGUCUAUUUGUUGCCUUCACCAUCUUAGGAUUUGACAUAAUCUUUGUCACCUUGUCCUAUGUCCAAAUCUUUAUCACUGUCUUUCGACUGCCCCAGAAGGAGGCACGAUUCAAAGCAUUUAAUACAUGCAUUGCCCACAUCUGUGUCUUCCUACAAUUCUACCUCCUCGCCUUCUUCUCUUUCUUCACACAUAGGUUUGGUUCACACAUACCACCAUAUGUUCAUAUCCUACUAUCAAACAUUUACCUCUUAGCCCCACCUUUUCUCAACCCUAUUGUCUAUGGAGUGAAGACCAAACAAAUCCGUGACCACGUCCUGAAAAUGUUUUUCUCCAAAAAAACACCUUGAUGAUUCGUGGGUCUUUCUGUAAAGAUUUUAGGUUUGUUCAAAGUAGCAAAUUGAAAUUGGCAAAGUUAUAUCUUCUACAAAUAUCUAUAUCUGGAAAAAAUAUCAUUAAUUAUCAUAUGCUCAUAACUGAAGGAGGUGUAUGAGAAAUCAUGAAAUUGUUAAGAGCCUUGGUUUGCUACUCAUAUAAGAACGGAACUCUCUUAUGCUGAGAUUUCAAACUAUUUCCAUUAUUCUUCUGUUUUUGACCUGUCUGCUUAAACCUGGAGGCCCCUCUCAGGCAACACUUAGAUCUACAUAGAAACAAAAUUGCAGAAAGCAACAUGAUUCUAGGUAAAUUCCAUGGACCACAUCACAACUCAAUAGUCUCAA